GUGUGAAUAGGGUACAAUACCACUACAACAUAGUUUUGUAUGUGCUUGCUUGGCGACGGUUUUGACAGGAAAAGCCUCAACCAAGAGUGUCUCAAAGUGUCUCAAACUGUCAAAGUAAUAAAAGCACCAAGCAAGUUUGUCUGCUGUUGGAAAUCAAACGGGGAAAGUCAAUGUUCGCUGAUCAAUUUCAGACAAUUGGUGUAAAACUUUGCAAGUUUCAUUGACCUAGUUUUCAACAUGUAGUUGAUGAUUCAGCAAAAAAUGGGAAGCUUUUAACCUGUGCAGCAAUCACAUUUUUUGGUGUAAAAACUGAGCUUUUGUACAAACAGCUGCCCUGGUGAUAGGUUUUGUAGCUGAGCAUCAUGGCUGAGGAAGCGAGAAGGGGCGGUGCUGAAGCAGGGGCGGAGCAGGGGCCUGGCCAGGUGUACAUGCACUUUGUAGUGAUGGAGGACAUGAUGGAUAAGCUGAAAUUGAUGGACUAUGAAGAGGGAUUCCUGAAAGGACUAGGAUUUAAGCCAUUAUCAAGACACUACUUUGCCCUUCCUACAAAUCCUGGAGAGCAAUUCUACAUGUUUACAUCACUGGCUGCAUGGCUCAUCAACCAAGCUGGUAAACAAUUCGACCAACCCCAAGAAUAUGAUGACCCCAAUGCGACCAUAUCCAGUAUUCUAGAUGAAGUACGACAGAUUGGGGCAGCCGUUGAGUUUCCACCUGCCAAGCUCAAAGCAGGCUUCGGAGAGCACUGUAUCUACGUCUUAGACAAGCUGGCUGAUGAAGCUCUCAGAAAAACAAGCUUCAAAUGGAACAGACCUGUUUACCCUGAAGAAGAAAUGGAAGAGGAAUCUGCUAUUGAAGAUGAUGUGGAGGUCACUCUGGAUAAAGCUGAAGAGGAUAUGGCAGAUGUUGAUGAAGAUCUUGAAGAGGAUGAUAACUUCCUGGACCUUGAAGGACUCAGGAAUCUCAAGACGAAGGAUACAACCGAGACAUCACGGAUUGAGGAGAUCAUGGAGUCUACAACUGAUGCCAAUGAAUGGAAGCUUGAGGUAGAACGAGUUAUUCCGUCACUCAAGGUUCAUAUCAGAACUGAUAAUAAAGACUGGAGAACUCAUGUCGAUCAGAUGCAUCAGCACAGAGAUGGGAUACAGUCUGCUCUCUCAGAAACUAAGGGCUAUCUGGACAAACUCCACAAGGAGAUCAGCCGUACCUUGGAGAAGAUAAUGAGUCGAGAGAAAUACAUCAACAAUCAACUAGAGCAUCACUUGGGAGAGUAUAGAGGGAUGCAGGACAGCGCUGCUGAGAUGAAGGAGCAAUAUCGUCAAGCAAGUGGUGGAGUCACAGAAAGGACGCGAUCGUUAGCGGAGAUUACUGAAGAACUAGAUAAGGUCAAACAAGAGAUGGAAGAAAGAGGGUCCAGUAUGACUGAUGGAUCUCCACUUGUCAAGAUAAAGCAAGCUUUACAACGUCUUAAGGUUGAAGUCACCCAGAUGGAUGUCCGGAUAGGCGUCGUGGAACACUCGCUUCUCCAGGCCCGUCUUAAGGAUAAGAACAACUUCCAGAAGGAUAUGAAUGAGUCAGUUGGAACGUUUGCCUUUUGAGUUGUGAUGCUCCG